UUCGCCGGCAUACAAAAUAACCCAAAAAAACUACUCUCUCUCUCUCUGAUUUUCAAAAUCAAAGAAUUAUUGCUGUUGAUAUAUUAUCAGCUAGGUUUAAGUUAUAGUUUUUAAAAAGAGAGACAAAAAUGUCCGAGGAUGAGAAGUUAUUGAAAGAGGCGAAGAAACUACCAUGGGAAGAUCGAUUAUUACAUAAAAAUUGGAAAGUUAGAAAUGAUGGAAAUCUCGACCUUGCUGCUUUAUGUGAUUCCAUUACCGAUCCUAAAGAUCCUCGUCUUAGAGAUUUUGGUCCGUUGUUUAGAAAGACGGUUGCAGAUUCAAAUGCUCCUGUUCAAGAGAAAGCUUUAGAUGCCCUAAUCGCGUAUUUAAAAGCUGCCGACGCCGAUGUUGGGAGGUAUGCAAAAGAAGUGUGUGAUGCAAUUGUGGCAAAGUGCCUCACUGGUCGUCCUAAAACAGUGGAGAAGUCACAAGCAGUGUUUCUUCUUUGGGUGGAGUUGGAGGCCACUGACGUAUUCCUGGAUUCGAUGGAGAAAGCAAUUAAGGCUAAAGUUGCUAAAGCAGUUGUUCCAGCUAUUGAUGUCAUGUUUCAAGCUUUAAGCGACUUUGGGUCUAAAGUUGUCCCUCCUAAAAGAAUUUUGAAGAUGUUACCUGAACUUUUUGACCACCAAGAUCAGAAUGUCCGCGCGUCUUCUAAAGGACUGACACUUGAGCUGUGUCGUUGGAUUGGAAAAGAUCCAGUAAAGUCAAUUUUGUUUGAAAAAAUGCGCGACACCAUGAAAAAAGAACUGGAGGCGGAGCUUGUCAAUGUUACAUCGGGAGCUAGGCCGACAAGAAAGAUAAGAUCUGAGCAAGACAAGGAGCCAGAACCAGAAGCAGUGUCUGAAGUUGUUGGUACCGGACCUUCUGAAGAAUCGGCUGCUGAUGUUCCCCAAGAAAUAGAUGAGUAUGAACUUGUUGAUCCUGUUGAUAUUCUUACUCCAUUAGAGAAGUCCGGGUUCUGGGAUGGAGUGAAAGCUACCAAGUGGUCGGAAAGGAAGGAGGCUGUGGCAGAGCUAACUAAGCUUGCUUCAACAAAAAGAAUUGCUCCUGGUGAUUUUAGUGAAGUUUGCCGUACCCUCAAGAAGCUUAUUACCGAUGUAAAUAUUGCUGUAGCAGUUGAAGCUAUCCAAGCUAUUGGAAACCUUGCAAGCGGACUACGAAAUCAUUUUUCUGGAAGCUCACGUUUCAUUUUGCCAGUUUUGCUUGAAAAACUUAAAGAAAAGAAACCAACUGUAACAGAAGCUCUCAGUCAGACCCUCCAAGCUAUGCACAAAGCUGGGUGCUUUACUCUUCCAGAUGUUGUUGAAGAUGUUAAGACAGCUGUAAAAAACAAAGUUCCUCUUGUUCGUUCCUUAACUUUGAAUUGGGUCACAUUUUGUAUUGAAACAAGCAACAAGGCUGUGGUUCUGAAAUUGCACAAGGAUUACGUUCCCAUAUGUAUGGAGUGUCUGAAUGACGGAACCCCAGAUGUUAGAGAUGCAUCUUUUUCCGUGUUGGCAGCAAUUGCUAAGUCUGUUGGAAUGAGACCUUUAGAAAGAUCAUUGGAAAAACUUGACGAGGUUAGGAAAAAGAAGCUUACCGAAAUGAUUGCGGGUUCAGAAGGUGGCCUUGUUCCUGCUACAGCCUCAGCUCCAGCAUCAGGAUCAGGUGGGGGCAUCUCAUCUUCAGAGACUGCAGUUGUUCGAAAAUCAGCUGCAAGCAUGCUGAGUGGGAAGAAACCGGUCGUUCAAGCUGCUGCGGUUGCUAAGAAGAGUGGUUCAACGAAGCCGGGAGCCAGCAAGAGUGGAAGUGGACAGGCGAAACCCUCUGCAGUAGUUGAACAUGAAGUUGUUGAGCCUGCAGAUAUGAGUCUAGAUGAAAUUGAGAGCAGAUUAGGUUCCCUGUUGCAAGCAGAUACGAUUUCUCAAUUAAAGAGUAGUGUAUGGAAGGAACGACUGGAAGCAAUUGUUGCUCUGAAAGAGCAAGUAGAAGGUCUUCAAGAACUUGACAAGUCAGCCGAGAUUUUGAUUCGUUUGCUGUGUAAUAUUCCUGGGUGGAAUGAGAAAAAUGUUCAGGUUCAGCAACAGGUUAUUGAAGUCAUUACGCAUAUAGCUGCCACAGUAUCAAAAUUCCCAAAAAAAUGUGUUGUGCUUUGCAUUCUUGGUAUAAGUGAGCGUGUAGCAGAUAUUAAGACCCGAGUUCAUGCAAUGAAGUGUCUUACUACUUUCUCAGAGGCAGUUGGUCCUGGAUUUGUUUUUGAGAGACUGUAUAAAAUAAUGAAAGACCACAAGAAUCCUAAGGUUCUCAGUGAAGGAAUUGCAUGGAUGGUAUCUGCAGUCGAAGACUUUGGUGUUUUGCAUUUAAAGUUAAAGGACUUGAUUGAUUUCUGUAAAGACACUGGACUGCAGUCAAGUACGGCUGCCACAAGAAAUUCAACUAUUAAGCUGAUUGGUUCAUUACAUAAAUUUGUUGGCCCAGAUAUCAAAGGGUUUAUGACUGAUGUGAAGCCCGCACUUCUUAGCACACUCGAGGCAGAGUACGAAAAGAAUCCAUUCGAGGGUGCUGCGGCUGCUCCUAAAAAAACAGUGAAGGCAGUAGACUUGGCGUCAUCUGCAUCUACUGGUGGUUUGGAUGGUCUACCUCGUGAGGAUAUUAGCGCAAAAAUAACUCCUACUCUAAUAAAGAACAUGGGCAGCUCUGACUGGAAGGUCCGUUUGGAAUCGAUUGAAGCAGUCAAUAAGAUUUUGGAAGAAGCCAAUAAGCGCAUACAACCUACUGGAACUGCGGAGUUAUUUGCUGCUCUUAGAGGCCGGCUAAAUGACAGUAACAAAAACUUAGUGAUGACAACCUUGUCAACUGUUGGAGGGGUUGCAUCUGCAAUGGGCCCGGCAGUUGAAAAGGCUAGCAAGGGUAUUUUAUCAGAUGUUCUGAAAUGCAUUGGUGACAAUAAAAAACACAUGAGGGAAUGCACUGUGAAUGCCUUAGAUGCCUGGUUUGCAGCUGUCCAACUUGAUAAGAUGGUCCCAUACAUUGUUGGAGCUUUUGCUGAACCAAAGAUAGGCGCGGAAGGCAAAAAAGAUCUUUUUGAUUGGUUAUCAAAGCAUCUUUCUGGAAUGAACGAAUCAUCUGAUGCUGUGCAACUAUUGAAACCAGCUGCAAUUGCUCUGACGGAUAAAUCAUCAGAAGUUCGGAAAGCUGCAGAAGCAUGUAUUGUUGAAGUUGUCAGAGUUUCUGGACAAGAAGUAGUGACCAAGACAUUGAGAGAUAUACGUGGACCUGCUGUAGCUCUGAUUCUUGAACGACUCAACCCAUCUGCAGCAUUCCAAGAAACAUUUGAACCUGCAAAAGGAACUUCAACUGGUGGUGCAUCAAAAAAUAGUUCAAAGAUUGGAAAAUCUGCCUCGAAUGCUCCAGGAGAUCGUGGGAAGCAUGCCAGCAAAGGCAGUUCUUUGAGAGCUGUUCCUGUUAAGGGUUCCAGGCCUGAAUCCGUUGCUUCUGUUCACGAUCUUGCCUUACAGUCUCAGGCUUUGUUCAAUAUCAAAGACUCAAACAAGGAAGAGAGGGAGAGAAUGGUUGUACGCAGAUUUAAAUUUGAGGAACUUCGAUUGGAGCAAAUUCAAGAUCUCGAGAACGAUUUCAUGAAGUACUUCAGGGAAGACCUUCACAGACGACUUCUGAGCACAGACUUCAAAAAACAAGUUGAUGGGCUUGAAUUGUUACACAAGACUCUUCCAUCCAGUGCCAAGGACAUGGUCGAACUUCUUGAUAUACUUUUGAAAUGGUUUGUUCUGCGGUUCUGUGAGUCGAACACAACAUGCUUGUUGAAGGUACUGGAGUUCUUACCUGAAUUAUUUGAUGCACUGAAAGAUGAGGGUUAUCAUCUGACUGAAUCAGAAGCAGCAAUUUUUCUUCCAUGUCUAAUGGAGAAGUCGGGACAUAAUAUUGCUCAGGUGCGAGAAAAAAUGCGAGAGCUGACAAAGCAAAUUGCUUCCCUGUAUUCUGCAUCAAAGCUGUUUCCUUAUAUUUUGGAGGGUCUGCGCUCCAAAAACAACCGGUCUCGGAUAGAAUGUGUUGAUCUCAUUGGUUUCUUGAUGGAUGCUCAUAGUGCCGAGAUAAGUGGUCAAUUAAAAUCUCUGCAACUUGUUGCGGCUCUGACGUCAGAACGAGAUGGUGAACUUAGGAAAGCUGCUUUAAAUACCAUGGCAAUUGCUUAUAAAAAUCUCGGUAAAUGCCUAUUCCAGUUUUCUUUAAAUAAUUUUUUUUGAGGUUUAGCCCGAGAAAUGGACAAGAGGAAAGAGGGAAAACCUGGCGAAGCUAGAGCAGCCUUGAGACGUUCUGUCAGGGAUAACGGGGCAGAUGUUGCGGAGCAGAGUGGAGAAAUUCUGUCUCGAUCAGUUUCAGGACAAGUUUUUGCUAGGGAAAGCAUUGUCCAUGCUGAUCCUCAUGUGGACAGGCAUAUAUCACCGCGUUCACUUGUAACUCCUAAUGGACCAACGGACUGGAAUGAAGCUUUGGAUAUUAUAUUAUAUGGUUCUCCUGAGCAGUCUGUUGAAGGCAUGAAAGUUGUUUGCCAUGAGCUGGCAGUUGCAACAAAUGAUCCUGAAAGCCCUGCAAUGGAUGAUCUUGUCAAAGACGCUGAUAAACUUGUAUCCUGCUUGGCGACUAAGGUUGCCAAGACCUUUAACUUUAGUCUGGCAGGGGCUUCUUCCCGAUCAUGUAAAUAUGUUCUGAACACCCUCAUGCAGACGUUUCAGAACAAAAGACUUGCCCAUGCGGUAAGAGAGAGUACCCUCGACAGUCUCAUCACUGAGCUUCUUCUUUGGCUUUUAGAUGAAAGGGUUCCAUUGAUGGAUGACGGAAGCCAGCUUCUGAAAGCAUUGAAUGUCUUGAUGCUAAAGAUUCUGGAUAAUGCAGAAAGAACAUCAUCCUUUGUUGUGCUGAUUAAUUUAUUGCGUCCUUUGGACCCUUCAAGAUGGCCAUCACCAGCGUCGACAGAGACCUUUGCUGCAAGGAAUCAUAAGUUCUCAGACCUAGUUGUUAAAUGUCUGAUCAAGUUGACCAAAGUUCUUCAGAGUACGAUAUAUGAUGUUGAUCUUGACCGCAUUCUUCAAAGCAUCCAUGUAUAUCUGCAAGGACUAGGGAUGGAAGAAAUCAGAAGAAGAGCUGGAGCUGACGACAAACCACUGAGAAUGGUCAAAACUGUGUUACAUGAACUAGUUAAGCUUCGUGGGACGGCAAUUAAAGGUCAUCUUUCUAUGGUUCCAAUCGACAUGGAACCCCAACCCAUCAUUCUUGCUUACAUUGACCUUAAUCUUCAGACUCUUGCUGCAGCCAGGAUGUUAACACCGUCAGGCCCUGUUGGCCAAACUCAUUGGGGCGAUUCUACGAACAAUAGUCCUUCACCUGCUACAAAUUCUUCUGAUGCACAGCUUAAGCAAGAACUUGCUGCAAUAUUUAAGAAGAUUGGAGACAAGCAGACUUGCACUAUUGGUUUGUAUGAAUUAUACCGAAUUACUCAACUAUACCCCAAGGUUGAUAUAUUUUCCCAGCUUCAGAAUGCGAGCGAGGCAUUCCGGACAUACAUAAGAGAAGGGUUAGCUCAGAUGGAAAAGAAUGCUGCUGCUGGAAGAACACCUUCAAGUGUACCAAUGUCAACGCCUCCUCCAGUUGCCUUAAAUCUUUCUUCUCCGAAGUAUGCACCCCUGUCACCAUUACAUACACAGUCCAUAAAUGAGUCAAAAUCUCUAAAUGUGAGGCAAGACUCUCUACCACCUCCUCAUAUCGAGGAUGUCAGGGCUGGCAAUUUAAGAAGCACUAUAUCUGAUCCUUCAGAGAUGCGGCAAAAUAUGAUGGAUGACAGAAAUGACAGAUUCCAAUCUGGAGUAUCAAGUGGGACACUGGAUGCAAUCAGAGAAAGAAUGAAAAGCAUUCAGUUGGCAGCUGCUUCAGGGAACCCAGACCCUGGGAACAGGCAAUUUACGUAUAUGAAUGGUAACAAUAUGACCCGCGGACUACAUACUCAAGAUCCCCACAGUGAGUCAGACCCGGUUGAUCAACACGACUUCUCCGUCCAUCAAACACCGGUUUUACCAAUGGAUGAAAAAGCAUUAUCUGGGCUCCAAGCCCGGAUGGAGAGGCUUAAAAGUGGAACCCUGGAACCGUUAUAGAGCCGGAUAAAUAGAACUGAAGAGAAAAUUAUUGGUUCUGAUGGGUCAUCCUCCCCAUGAGCUUAUCAGAAAGAAACUUAGCAAGCAGGAGCGAAAUGAGACCUGCCGAUUGGGGAAGAGUUUGUGCUUUUAUUUGCAAAUAUAGUUGAUUCAUGUGGCAACAUCUCUUUUGCUGCAGUGUUGUGAAAGAAUUCCGAGGCUAGCAAAGGGUGCUUGGUAAUAUGUGCGUGUCCCCUUCGUUGGGAGUUGUAGAGUAGUUGCAAUAGUAUGUACGCAGUCUAUAUCUGUUCACUGUUCUUGUUGCCCCCCCUAAUCGUGCUCAAGGAUUAAGGACCAAGUUUUAACUUACCCGUACAUUUUGGAAGUCUGUCGAUAUUUCUUGUAAAUGUUUGAAUCAUAGAAUGUCUUUAUGUAGUUUGAAACAUUAUUUUGUGUCGUUUAUAAUCCAAAAAUAAGCGUUGAUCA